CGCUUUGUCAGUAUAACUAUUGACAAUCUGGCUCAUCCGAGCACCAACAGGUAGUCUCCUCACUGACAAGUAGUAGUAGUUAUUCAAGUGGUUCCUUUUUUAGCUCCCUGCCUAUAAUCCUCAAACAGCACCUUUGAGGUUAGCGAGGAUGUCACAGUUUUGUUGUUUAUCCACAAAUGGAUAUCCAUAAAGAUUCUUCAGUAUGCUUCGAAUUUCAGCAAUUCCCCCAACUCAAACCAAGACUUGUGAGUCUGACUAGAGCGCGUGACACUGCCAGAUAUCCCCUUAUAGCCCUAGCCAGCUCAGCUGGUCACCACCCUACAGUCUGACACGUGUACAACAGCCUUUCUGUCAAGAAAAAAUCCAACAUUUUGGAAACAUAACCGUAAAGACAUCAGUCUGCACCUCACUACACACCUCUUUUAAAUCCAAGUUGCCUCUCGGCGGUUGUGGCAGGCACCAAUUUUACAAAGAAGACACCCCCACAACCCCUUUUCACCAUUUCACUUGCAGAUCUUAGUUUUUUCUCUCUUGCUUGUGUUUUUUUGGAUGGUGGUAAGGCGGAUUUUUUAAGGAUGAAGAUUCAGUGUAACGUGUGUGAGUCAGCAGAGGCGAGGGUUUUGUGCUGUGCGGACGAGGCAGCUCUUUGUUGGUCAUGUGAUGAUAAAGUUCAUGCUGCAAAUAAACUUGCUAGUAAGCACCAGAGAGUGCCUCUUUCUGCUUCAUCUUCACCCAUGCCCAAGUGUGACAUCUGCCAGGAAACUGUUGGCUAUUUCUUUUGCCUUGAGGAUCGGGCUUUGCUCUGCCGAAAAUGUGACAUUUAUAUUCACACAGCAAAUGCUUAUGUCUCGGCUCACCAGAGAUUUUUGCUGACCGGAGUCAAAGUGGGACUUGAACCUAUCAAUCCUGCUGCAUCAGCAUCCUCAGGGAAGUCACAUUCUGUCCAGAAGGUGUUGGAGCCAGAAUCUCCUCCGAUUUCUAAGAGAACUGCACCCAUGUCAUCAAAUGCUCCGUGUAAUGACGUAUUGCCUGUCCAGGCUAGUGGGGUUGAGGAUUUUGCACGUAGUAGUCUUUCAUUGGUUGGAGGUUCUACGGCUGGAAUCAUUCCACAAUGGCAGUUUGAUGAAUUUCUUGGAAUGGGUGAUUUCAAUCAGAACUACGGAUACAUGGAUUAUGGAUCAUCUAAGGCUGACAGUGGAAAGGUUGGAGAAUCAGAUAGCUCCCCAAUCUUAAGAGAUGCUGAAGUUGAAGGUGAUAAGUGCUUUAGUGAGGUGCCGGAGACAUGUUGGGCUGUGCCACAAAUUCCUUCACCGCCUACAGCUUCUGGACUUUACUGGCCGACAAAAACUCUCCAGAAUCCAUUUGAUUGUGCAGUGUUCGAGUCUGACGUUAGUUACUCCCCUUUGCAGAACUUUCAACUUCAACAAUCAAAUGGUUCUGGUUUCAAAAGGAGAAGGGCCUUUUAGCGCAUUCUCCCAAAGUUUCUACAUUAGGUAGUGAAUAAAAUGUUUGAGCCACUGAUCAUGUUAGAAUAUAGCGUCAAGUCGUAGUUUAUGUUUUGUUUGAGCAAGUGUCUACUUCCUGGUUCAAGUUGUCUUCUUCGCGAGGCUGGUGGUAUAAAUGAUUCUGAUUACUGCUGAACAUAUGGGUUUAGCUCAACGCCCCAGCGGUCGUGCAAAGAAUCAUGUUAUAGAAAAUACCAGUGGAUUCUUCAGGGUAUUUGGAAACCAGCAAAGUCAGUUGUUCUCCUCAUCUUCAAACUUGUCCUUGGAUGGAAGGAAGUUUUUGCUCAGACUUACGGCUAUACGAAGUGGCCGUGGUGGAUGUAUUGCCCAGUUUUUUGCUACCGCUUGACUUGGUGGAGUUAGUCAAGUUUUGAUGCUUGCAGUAGCUAAAUUGGUGUACGAUGCAUCGUUCAAAUAUUAACAAGUUCUGGAUCUCGAGUUUAGCCGCAGAAGAAUAGCUUCAUAGUUCUAGUUACAGAAUGAUGUUAUGGCUAACAGUUGUUUGUGGCCACUUGUAGCUAUAUAUAAUAGAUAAUGAUCAGCUUAUGAAUGGAUAUCUGUUAUUGCUUCAUUUU